GGCGAAUGUGCAUUUUUAUGCUCUUCUUUUGGUGGGCGGUCAAUCAUUCACUUGCAGCGGCUGAACUAGCGGGUCGUCUGGGCGGAUGACAUCGUAUCCCUCGCGACCCAGAGCCACAAACGAGGGCUGCGACCUUGGCUUCUGUUUUUUUUUUCAAAAUUUGUUUUAUUUUAACGAUUAAAUGUAAUCGAGGUCCUCCCCGAGCUUGACCUUGUUGCGAACCGUCUUCGUCCACUUGUUUUCCCGUUCCGUCGGAAGCGACCUCGCUCAUCCUCGCUCGGGGGAACAUGCCAGACGAGUCGAUCCGGAGAACAUUUUUUGUUGUUGUUGCGUGGAAUGAAAAAUUCGUUCCACUGGUCACCUGGAGGACUCAUCGGGAGAUGAAGACUCUGGAGGAGCCCCCCUACUUGACAGUAGGGACGGAUGUCAGUGCCAAGUACCGAGGGGCUUUCUGUGAGGCCAAGAUUAAGACAGCCAAGAGACUAGUCAAGGCCAAGGUGACCUUUAAACCGGAUCUGUCCACAGCUGAGGUUCAUGAUGAAAACAUCAAAGGAGCUCUGAAGGUGGGUGCUGUGGUGGAGGUGAAGAAUCAGGAUGGAGUUUACCAGGAGGCCACAAUCAAUAAGCUGACCGAUGCUAGUAUAUAUACUGUUGUGUUUGACGACGGCGAUGAGAAGACCCUGAGGCGCUCCUCUCUCUGCCUGAAAGGAGCGCGCCACUUUGCAGAGAGCGAGACCCUCGACAGACUCCCCCUCACCAACCCCGAGCACUUCGGCACGCCCGUCAUCGGCAAGAAGGGCAACCGCGGCAGGCGAUCGAACCCGAUUCAAGAAGAAGAAUUGUCUUCAUCCUCCAGCGAAGAGGAGGAGAGCGACCAGCGGCAGAAUGAGGAUCUGUUCGGCAAAGUGGUCUGUGUGGAGGGGGUCGCCUGCGGGGACAAAAAGAAGACCACGUGGUAUCCUGCAUUGGUCAUCUCCCCGGACUGCCACGACGACGUGACUGUGAAGAAGGACAACAUCUUCGUCCGCUCCUUCAAGGAUGGGAAAUUUUACACGGUGAUGCGGAAGGACGUGCGCGAGAUGAACAGUGACUCUCCUCCGAAAGCCGACGCGGGGCUCAAAGCAGCACUGGAUGCAGCCUUGGAGUUCCUGCACAAGUUUGUCGUUCCGAGCAGCUGGAAGACAGAAGUGAAGGAAGAAAGCUCAAGCAGCGAGGAUGAGGAUGAAGAGGACGAGGAAGCCCAGGAAGAAGAUGCAAGUGGCGAAGACGAGGAGGAGGAAGUGGAGCCAUUCCCAGAGGAGCGGGAGAACUUUCUACAGCAGCUCUACAAGUUCAUGGAAGACAGAGGAACUCCCAUCAACAAACGGCCUGUUUUGGGCUACAGGAACCUGAACCUGUUCAAGCUCUACAGGCUGGUGCACAAACUGGGAGGCUUCGACAAAAUUGAAAGCGGCGCCGUUUGGAAGCUGGUCUACCAGGACCUGGGGAUCCCUGUGCUCAACUCAGCCGCCGGCUACAAUGUCAAAUGUGCUUACCGCAAAUACCUCAAUGGAUUUGAGGAAUACUGCACUUCCACCGCCAUCACCUUCAGGAUGGACCUCCCUUUGAAGCAGGCUCCCAAGGGGGAGGUGAAGUCUGAGGGGGAGGCAAGCAGAGCACCCGUCACCUCCUCCAGCUCGGAGGAGCCGAAAGCCCAGGUGGAUGGAGACCCUUGUAGCACACCGUCUCUAGUCUGCAAGGACGAGAAGCCGGAUUUGGCUCGAAACAAAGCGGAGCCCGAGCCGCCGCACUCGGAGGAGGGAAGGGACGGCGGGAGCGACAGCGAUGGCGGCGAGGAGGACGGCCCCCUCAACGGAGACGCGGACGAAGGCUCGUCGACGGCUCGCCUCGGACCCGAGAGCGCGAAGGAGGAGCCCGACGACGAGCCGGAGAGCAAAGACAACUCUGGGGAUGACAGCAGUCAGGAGGGGGAGGAAGGGGAGGAGUUUGAGUGUUACCCCCCGGGGAUGAAGGUGCAGGUGAGGUAUGGGCGAGCCCGCAAUCUGAAGACGUACGAGGCCACUGUGAAAGAGGCAGACGUGGAGGGGGGAGAGGUGCUCUACCUGGUGCACUACUGUGGCUGGAACGUCAGAUAUGAUGAAUGGAUCAAAGCAGACAAGAUCGUGCGCCCGGCCAAUAAGAACGUACCAAAAAUAAAGCACCGUAAAAAGAUAAAGAACAAAGCCGAGAGGGAGCGCAACAGGCUGGAGAGGCUCAAUGAGAGAGAAGUCCUCGGCCCCUCGCCCCACGCCAACCGCCUCGCACGCUCCAAAUGUGGCCUGAGUCAGGAUGUCUUUUCCAAGAUGGACGAGGGUGAGGACAAAGGGACUCAGCAGUCUCCAGUCAAGUCUAUAGAAAUUACUUCUAUCCUCAAUGGCCUGCAAGCCUCGGAGAUGUCCACAGACGACAGUGAGCAGCACGAUGAUGAUGAUUGCGACGAUGAUGAUGAGGAGGAGGGGGAGGAGGAGGAGGAGGAGGAGGAGGGCGAGGGCGAGCACAACGAGGAGGAUCGCCCCGGUUGCAGAGGCAGCCCCAGAAAGGCCCCGCCGGAGCCCCCGCAAACAUCGGAGGGCUUUGAGAGCGGGACCCCUCCCGAAGCGUCCAAAGCUUCUCCCGUUCCAGGAAAGAACCAGGAGCCCGCGGGCUCCGAGAGCGCCGAUGUCGGGAAGCGCAGAAGCCAACCGGAGCUGGAGGGGGAGCAGGGCAGCAGGAAGAGAAAAUCGGACAGUGCAGCGGAGCGGGCCCCGAAGGGCCAAUCGAAAGCCAAGACCCGGAGCACCAGGAGUGCCGACUGGUUGCCCGGGGCCUCCCCCAGGAAACUGGAGGAGAGAGCGGGCGGUCCCGGGGAGGAGGGGGGGGCCUCGUCCAGCAGCAGCUCCGAGGAAGAAGGUCCAGAGUCCCAAGUGGCCGAGUCCCAAGCGGAGGAAAGCGAGCGAGGCCGAAAGCCGAAAGGUUCGCCUUCCAAGAAGUACAACGGGAUGAAGGAGAAGACCAAAGGGGGCAGACAGGCCGGGUUCUGGGAGAUUCCCGAAAAGAGGGCCAAAAUGUCUGGGAACGCAGAGGAGCGGCCAGCGGUCCGCUCUAAGGGCCAAAAGGACGUGUGGUCCAGCAUCCAGGCCCAGUGGCCGAAGCAGACUCUGAAGGAGCUGUUCUCUGACUCGGACACAGAGGCCGCCCACUCUCCCUCUCCGCCGGCGCCCCCGGGUCCCAAGGAGCCCGGCGUCGCAGAGGACGCCGGACCCGAGGACGAGGCCUCGGCGGAGGGGCUGGACAACGACAAACUGCAGGAGUUUCCGAGCAGCGGCAGCAACUCGGUGCUCAACACGCCACCGACGACGCCCGAGUCGCCCUCGGGGGGAGGUGGCGCCGCAGAGGGCUCUGGCGCCGCGCGGGCGUCCUCCUCCUCCCCGCCCCCCCCGCCGCCACCUCUGCCGCCCGCAGCGCCCGCGGUGCCUUCGGAGACCGUGUCGGACUCUCUUCCCCCGGGACCGCCACAGGAGGAAGUGGCGGGCGGGCGCAGCGAGACAGACAGCAGCACGGUGGAAGUGGAGAGUCUGGGCGGGGAGCUGCAAGAGCUCCCUCAGGAUGAGGGGGCGGGGUCCCCCUCCAAGGUGUUUGACGUCAGCCUCUCCUGCAACAACAGCAGCAGCAGCUGCAGUCUGGAGCUGAGCAGCAGCAGCCACCAGGAGAGCGAGCAGAAGUCCAAAGCCUCCGCAAAUCAGAAGCGGCAGAAGGAACCACCCGCAGGUGGGCCGUCAAAGAAACACAAGCCAAACCGCAAGAGCCUAGUUGUGCCUCCCAAAAAGAACAGGAAAGCAGCCGUCUUUCCUCCUCCAGCCAACAGCAGUGACAGUGAAGACCAGUCCGUUGUUAAGGGCACUGCUAAAUCUACUGCCUCGAAGAACAACGCCCCGGACGUGAAGGCCACCACUUCGCCCAAGUGUCACAUACGAUCUCCCCCGAGCCAUAAGUACCACAAGCAGGGUGACGCCGACCACACCCAGCACCGGGACCACCACGGGAGAUCGUCGCGCGUGUACAAGUGGAGCUUCCAGAUGUCUGACCUGGAAAAGAUGAGCGGUCUGGAGAGGAUUUCGUUUCUUCAGGAGAAGCUGCAGGACAUCAGGAACCACUACCUCUCCCUCAAAUCCGAGGUGGCCUCCAUCGACAGACGUCGAAAACGCAUGAAGAAGAAGGAACGGGAAAGCACGGUGGCUGCUUCCUCCUCCUCGUCCUCGUCCUCGUCCCCGUCCUCCAGCUCACUGACUGCGGCAGUCAUGCUGACGCUGGCCGACCCGCCGGUGUCCUCCUCCUCCUCCUCCUCUCAGAACUCUGGGGUAUCAGUGGAGUGCAGGUGACAGGACCAACCAGUGAAAAAAGCCACCGCACUAAGCACUUAACCAGCACCCCGGGGUCACCCCCCCCCCCCCCCCCUCCUCCCAUCCGACAGACAAGUCAACCUGCAUACUGUAACUACUCGGACCCAAAAACAGACCAGAGACAAAAAUGACAACAAAAAAGAAACAAGCACUGUUUUCUAUUGACAAUUAUUUUCUUGGCAAGCUAAUGGCACUUAAGUGCACUUUUAUGAAGAUUGUGUAGGGGGAUAACAUUUGCCCAAACAAAAAUACAAAACAGUCUUUUAUGCUCUCCUUAAUUGAACAUUUCUAAGAAUUGUUUUUGCAAGCAAUAAUAAUUUCCAUUUGAUAAAGUUGAUACUGGUAAGGAAUUUCCAGUCCUGUCCUCGUAGCCCAAUGCUGUGCUUGCCAUGUUGUUUGGGUGAAUCCAAAGGAGCAGUGCCACAUUUCUCUGUUCAUUCUCAUUACAAUAUAAAAAAAGGCCUUUGUGUGGUUAAACCUCAAGUGGUUGACGACGCUCUUUUGUGUGCCGGCACGUGGUGCUGCACGUGUUUGCAUUAAGUCCUGGAGGUGUUGGCGGAUAGGGUUUCAGACCAUCACAGGUCCACUGACGGCCUCAGUGGAUGAAUAUGGAAUGAUACUAUAGUGCCUUUUUGUUCUUCUCCAUGGGACACUUUGACAAAGGACUGCACUUUUUUCCCCCUGAUCCUCUCCUCAAAUCAGAGGGUCUGCUGGAAUAAUGUGUUCCUUUCAAAAGACUGGAGAAUGUCCCGUGAGUGAGAAGGCAGUGAAGGGCUGUGUCUGAUCGAUAAUGAUGGUUUUAAUCAGCGUAUGGUGAAAUUAAAAGUAUAAUUGUAAAAGCGGAACUUGUGUACUGGAUCACCUGUAAUCUACUACUGAAUAGUCAUCCAAGUUGGGUGCAACUGUUAAGUCUGGCAGUAUAAAAUGUGCAAUGAUGAAGGUGAUGAAUCCAAUGGUAACAUUACUCCAGUUGCUCAGCCUUUUUAAAAGCCCAUUUGAUUUAUUUGAUUAUGUUUCCAUCAGCCAUUUAAUCCCCUCUGUCCCAUUGUCUUCACUCAAGAUUUGCAACUGGAUCAAGUUAACGUGAAGGCAGCUAUAGGAGGUAUUUAUUGCAGGUACUCAGUACUGCAGAACACAUGAAUGAAGCUGAAUCCCACAUUUGGCAGUGUUGUAAACAAACAUGAAGGUAUUCAAUUAAGUGUAUUUUUGCUCCGUUAAAUACAGCAACGCAUACUCUUUUGGCAUCUUUCUAGUAGUACUCAUGAUCAAAAGUGUCAUGCCAUGUUUCUCUCACUCUCAUCCGUACCAAAAACGUUUGGUUCUGUAUCCUGACAAAAUUAAAUUUAAAGAUAUUGUAAAGUGACGUAUGUGUAUACAUUUCUGAAGACAUCUCCAGUGUUUCCUUUGUAUAAACCCCCCCACUGUAUGAUAACCUGAAGUUACAUUUUGUCUGGCACCUGUAUGUAAUUGUAUGCUUUUGUUAUACAUUUGUAUAUUGAGAAGUGUUUUGAGUCAAGCUAUUUAAUAUCUUGCACUGUUAAUAACAUGUACCUUUCUGUACAGACAGUUUUACGAUUUUACCUGCAGUUUAAGUGUAAAUACUGAGGGUUGCAGCAUGUUUGUUCUCCCCUUUGGUUUUCUUUAUUGUUCUUUUGUAGGAACAGAUAUAUUUGAGUUCAUUUUUUCUUUUGUUUUUCCUCUUUUCGUGAGUUUGAAUACUUUAUUUCUUCCAUUUUUUUAAUGUCCUGUUUGCUUUAGUCUGUAUGCUUUUAUUUUCCUAACACUCGUGCUUGUAGAAGAAAGGUGGUUUUGGACGCGGCUGAACUAUUUUACAACCUGUACAUACCUUGACGCUUCAGCUGUAUGACCCUAUAUGGAAUGGAGUAUAGUCUGGAUCAUAGAUAAAGAGAAAGUAAUGGAGCUGGUUGAAAAAUGCUCAAUAGUAUUUAUUAGGCUCAUCUGAAGAUGAUCAAUGUGUAAUUUAUUGUAAAAAUGUAAGCAAAGCAGAAGCCUCUGUUUAAAUAAAUGCCAUAGUUUGUGAAGUA